UAAAAAAGUGAAAGAGUGAAGAGGGGGUUAGGUUAGGGCAGGGUGAAGGUUGAAAUUGAUUCCACAGAUGUGGGAAGUGUGUCCCAAAGAGACAGUUAUUAACAUACAUCCAAAAAUUAUGCAGCUUCCCUCGCCUCCCAUUUCAGGCGCCCCCUCCUUCACCACUUAGUCCUUUUCACUUCACCCUUUCUCUCUUUCUCCUUCUUCUUCUUCUUCUUCUUCCCCACGCAAGCUAUGCCGACCUUUACUGCCAUAGCAUUUGAUAGGUUGAUAGAGCCUAGAGCUUCAAAACCUGCUUAUAAAUCUGCACCUGCCCCGAUGCCUGUCCCAAAGAAGCUCGAGAGGAGAAGUAGUGAACCAACCGUAAAAAAGAAGCCCCUUCCUCGUCCUCAAUUGAAGCCAGCACUCUAUGCCACUCCUGCAGUGACGCCGCUCCCGGAUUCACCCUCUUCGUUCCCUCCUUCUCCGUACAUCAUCAAUCACAAGCGCCGUGGCCCGCGCCUCCUGAAGAGUUUUUCUGAGGCCAAUGUGCAGGCCAAGCAGGAGGAUCCUCAUGGUGAAGAUGCUAACGGUAAGGGCAACGAGGCUGUGGUCGCCAGUUCGGAUGGUGAUAUCCAAGUAACUUCCACAAACAUUGAACCUUUUAAGGAGGUGCAGGUGAAUGGUGUACAUGAUGACAACCUUAGUAGCAGCAAUGGUGGUGACCUUGGGAAUGGACAUGGGGAAAGUGAAAGUAGUGGUAUUCUUAAUGGGUCACACAUGGAUAAAAUAGUUGCAUUGAAUUUGGUAAGAGAUACCGAGAGUGAAGACUUUUUUGAUCCGCAUGAUUCAAUGAGUUUUAAAAGUUACACAGAUGGUGAAGAUAUUACUGGUACAGAACAAACUAUGAAAUUCAAUGCUGCUGGUGGGGAAUUUUUUGAUGCUUGGGAAGAACUCUCUUCUGAUAGUGGGGUUCAAAAUUCUCAUCGUGAUAUUGAAGCUGAGUUGCGGGAAAUAAGGUUGAGUCUAUUGAUGGAGAUAGAGAAGCGGAAGCUAGUUGAAGAAUCCCUUAACAGCAUGCAAAGCCAGUGGGAGAGACUUAGACAAGGGUUAUCUCAAGUGGGAAUUGUGUUGCCUGCAGAUCUUACUGCUGAGAGUGGGCAGCCGAGUUCUGACCCUCUGGAAGAUGUAUAUCAGCAAAUUUACAUUGCUAGGUUCAUAUCAAACAGCAUUGGGAGAGGAAUUGCCAAGGCAGAAGCGCAGACAGAGAUGGAAGCUCAAUUAGAGUUAAAGAACUUUGAGAUUGCUCGACUAUUGGAACGUCUCCACUGUUAUGAGACCAUGAAUAGGGAGAUGUCUCAGAGGAAUCAGGAAGCAGUAGAAAUGGCACGGCGUGAGAGACAAAGAAGGAGGAGAAGGCAGAGAUGGAUUUGGGGCUCUAUUACUACAGCCAUUGCACUUGGUACUGCAGCAAUAGCAUGGUCCUAUCUCCCGAUGGGUAGAGAAUCAACAUCAGCAGUUCACGAUGUGGCUCCUGAGCUCGAUGACAGAGCCAACUAAUAUCCAUCUAUACUAACUUCAUUGCCGAGUUAUGAUGGAGAGGAGGAGAAUAAAAGCUAUAUACGUGCCACUAUGUGGCUAACAUAUCGCUUGAUCAUUACAAUUUUUUUGGCAUCCUGAAUAUGUGCAUAAUAUAUUUAACAUUGUGCCUUUCACUGGAUGGCUAGCUACUAGAUUAGUGGAAGGGUUUAGUCUGAGUUGAUGAAAUAAUAAUACUCCAUAAUUUCCUAUGGAUUCUGGGUGGAGAGUAUUUUUUUCACCUGAGACAUUUCGCAGAGCACUUUUGCAAUAGAUUCUUUACGCUUCCUUCUCCAAGCAUUUUAGCACCACUGAAGAAAUAUGAUACUUGGUGUUGCUGAAUCGUAAUAAAGGAAAUCUGGUCAAGCGAUGAUGCGUGCAUUGAAAUAUUAUAAUUCUUUCCAACCUGGUAUUUCUGCUCCGUGUUUAAGUUGGUGUGUUUCAUUAUGAACAAACAUGUCGAAGUAAUUCGUUGACACCUGAAGACCGUGUCCAGGGUGGAUGAGUAUUUUUUUGUUAGCGCUUGAAAUAAAAUACUGCUGAUUGUAAUAUUUUCAUGACCAUUGGCUUUGCUGCUGUUGCAAAUUGCAUUUCGGAUUUUGAAGAUCCCAUUAGCGAAGAAGGCUGCUUAUACUGUUAUACGUUUGUUUACGGAUGGGAAAUUUUAAUUAUAGUAUGUGUGCUA